AUGGUCCACUUCAGGACGGACAUCGGUGCGACCAACGAGGCGGCCACGCCGAACAAUGAGAACUAUGCCAAAGAACUUGAGACUGAUGUCUUGAUUGUCGGCGCUGGUUUUGGCGGAAUCUACUUGAUGCACAAGCUUCGCCAGCAGGGCUUCAAGUGCAAGAUUAUGGAAGCCGGAACUGACAUCGGUGGCAUCUGGCAUUGGAACUGCUAUCCUGGAGCCAGGGUCGACUCCCAAAUUCCUGUGUACGAAUACUCUCUUCCGGAAAUCUGGAAGGACUGGACUUGGUCCUGUCGGUAUCCCGGAACCGACGAGCUCCGACAAUACUUCAACCACGUGGAGAAGAAGUUGGAUAUCAAGAAGGACUGCGCAUUCAACACCCGUGUCACCGGAGCGCAUUUUGACAAGCCCUCUGGCAAGUGGAUAACGGAGACAGAAGACGGUCGUACUGCCAAAUCCAAAUAUCUUCUGCUUGCUCUGGGUUUCGCAGCCAAGAGGCAUUUCCCUGAUUGGCCUGGUAUGGAGGACUUCAAGGGAGAGCUACACCACAGCUCAUUCUGGCCCGACGCUGGAGUACCCGUCAAAGGAAAGCGUGUUGGUGUCAUCGGCACGGGUUCCACUGGAGUCCAGAUCGCCCAGGAAACGUCAAAAGAAGCCGCAUCCGUGACACAAUUCGUGCGCACGCCCAACCUUUGCCUGCCUAUGCAGCAGCAGAACCUAACGAAAGAAGAGCAAGAUCGAAGGAAACAGGGCGAGUAUCAGAAGUUCUUCGAGCACCGAUUGGACACUUUCGCUGGCUUCGGCUAUGACUACAUCGAGAAGAAUACCUUCGACGACAGUCCUGAGGAGCGCGAGGCCUUCUACGAGAAGCUUUUCGAGGGUGGCGGUUUCGAAUACUGGCUGGCCAACUACAAGGACUUGCUGUUCGACAACGCAGCCAACCGUGAGGCUUACAACUUCUGGGCCAAGAAGACCCGUGCCAGGAUAACAGACCCAGAAAAGCGGGAGAUUCUCGCACCGCUGGAGCCGCCGCAUGCCUUCGGCACCAAGCGACCAAGUUUGGAGCAGAACUAUUACGAGAUGCUUGACAAACCCGAGAACAAGGUAGUCGACGUGAAGAAAUACCCGAUUGAAAGAUUUACAGAGAAGGGCAUCAUCACUGCUGAUGGCAAGCUCCAUGAGCUCGAUGUUGUUGCACUUGCUACUGGCUUCGACUCCGUCACUGGCGGAAUGAAGAACAUGGGCUUGAAGGACGUUAAUGGCGUGGAGCUCUCGGAGAAGUGGAAGAACGGCGUGCAGGCCAUUGCUAACAUGGAAAUCCUUAGCACAUACACCUACCUCGGAAUGACGAUGUCCGGAUUCCCUAACUGCUUCUUCCUGUACGGGGCUCAAGGACCAACAGCCUUCUCCAACGGACCCACUUGCGUCGAAGUCCAAGGCGACUGGAUUGUCGAUGCCAUCAAGAAGAUGAAGGAGGAGAAUAUCGAGUACUGCGAGCCAACUCAUGAGGCGGAGCAGGAGUGGAGGAAGACGGUAAUGGAAUUGUCCGAUAAAACUCUAUUCCCUCAAACCAAGAGUUGGUACAUGGGUGAUAACAUCCCGGGCAAGCUUCGAGAACAGCUCAACUUUGCUGGAGGCUUCCCGCUUUACAAGGAGCUAACGCGCGCGUCUUUGGACAAAGGCUUUGAGGGUUUCGUAACUGCGUAG